GUGGCAGGGCCGCCCCGCCCCGCCGCGGAAGGCGGAAGGGCUGGGGCGGCCCCGGUGCGCGCCCGCCCGCCGCGGCAGCGCCCGGGCCAUGGCGCGGCGGCGGAGCAGCGGCUGAGGGCGGCGCGGGAGCCGCCAUGGGCGCCGGCCUGCGGUGCGCCCUCCUCAGCUGCCUCCUGCUGUGCGUAUUUGGAACAGUGCCAAAGCCCCAAAACGCAAGAAUUAUUUCCAUUAACCUUCGUAGCAUUUUACAGUGGGAUCCGCCUAGGUUUCACAAAGGAAAUAUAACUUACACUGUGCAGUUUAAGAGCAUCAAUUUCCCUAAAGGCACAUUUGAAAACUUGAGCACAGACAUGGGACUCACAGAGUGCGAUGUCUCUUCUCUGUCUGCAUAUGGAGACUAUAUUUUACGAGUCAGAGCGGAGUCAGAAAAUAAACAGUCAGACUGGGUGAUCGUCAGAUUUAAGCCAAUGGAUGACACAAUCAUUGGGCCGCCUGAUGUAAAAGUGAAGUCAGAGUCUGGGUCUUUGCAUGUGGAUUUCAUAGGCCCUAUUGUUGAACACGAACCUGACAAGUGGUCUUUAAAGCAAUAUUAUGGCUCAUGGAAUUACAGAAUACUAUACUGGAAGAAAGGCAGCAAUAAGGAGGUAAUUCACAUAGAUACUAAACAUAACUCUGAAAUAUUGUCUCAGUUGGAGCCAUGGACAAUGUAUUGUAUUCAAGUACAAGCAGUUAUUCCUGAGUGGAACAAAACUGGGGAGCUGAGUCAAGAGCUUUGUGACCAGACAACCCACAAUGGUGUAACCCCUGCAUGGAUAAUAAUCACUGUUCUUUUUGGAUCCAUGUUGACUGUUAUACUACUUGUUCCUGUUUGCUUCUUUUCCUUUUUGUUUCUGUAUCGACUGACCAAAAAUGUUUUCUGCCCUUCGUAUUAUUUCCCACAACACUUGAAAGAGUUUUUGAGCAAGCCUUCUAAUAGUUUGCAGUUAUUUUCUCCAGUCCCCCAAGAAGAGCAUCUUCUUUGUGACAAGUUAACGGUUAUUUCAGAAGAAUCAAAAAACCAAAGUGAGGAGAUUACAGAUGAGGCCAGCAAUACAACAGAGCAGCUUCAGGACUCUGAACAAGAAUUUUCUGAUUUAAAAAUAGUACCAGCUUCGGAAGGGGACUAAAUGCACUCCUCAUACUUCUCUCAGACAAAGAAAAGCAAAUAGGCUAUUAUGUUUAUCUUCUGCAUACUUAAGAGCAAAAAUUCAUAUGCAAGGUUUUGUACAUAGACUUUUCACAGAAUUGUACUAAUUUUUAAAGUACAAGAAACUUGGCUAUACAUGAGGAAUUAAAUGUUAUGUAAAUUUUUGCCACCAUCUUUAGUGGCUCAUUCUUAAGUUAGAGCAAUACUCUAACUCUAAGCUCUAUUUGCUUUUAAAAUUAAUGUCAUAAUAUAUAAUACUGGUUAAUUUAAUUUUGAUGUACUAUUUAUUGCAAAAGCUAAUCAAAUUGGUCUAAUGUAUAAGAUUUGUAAAAGAAGAUCAUAUUUUGCAAGGAAAGAACUGAUCUUAUAUUUUUUAAUGAGAAAUUGUGUGUAUUUCUUAAGAUAUAUCUAUUGGCAUAAUCUUUCUAUUGGAUUUUUACCUGAUGCUAAAUUAUAAAGUUAUUCACAACACGUUGUGUACCAUUUUAAUAAACCAAACACAAAUAUUCA